GGCUACUCACCGGCUGAUGCUCCACUGGUAUUAUGAGAUUUAUUUCAUGCUUCAGAUGGCAGGGCUACUUUCAGAAGAGCCUUGUCGCCUUUGCUUUUGGUCGCAAUCUUUCUCAAUUUUUACAGAGCCGAACUUGGCCUCAGCUUUGCAUUUGUUUGUUGUUGUUGAUGUUUUGUUUUUUACCAGAUCCAGGCCUGUAUUUUCAUCUGAGUCAAAAGCGAGAGACAGCGGGCAGGCUGUGGUUCAGAGGGCUUCAGUUUACUCAGACAGGUUGCUAUGACUGCUGUAUGCGCUGUUUGGGUGGGGUGCCAUACUGCUCCCUGGUCGCCACACUGCUGUGUUUCUCUGGCAUUGCCCUCUUCUGCGGUUGUGGGCACCAGGCACUCACAGAGACAGAGAGACUCAUCGAGACUUACUUUGCCCGUAAUCUUCAGGACUACAUCACCCUCGCCUACAUCAUUCUAUAUUUCCAGUAUGUCAUCUAUGGUUUGGCUUCCUUUUUCUUCCUCUACUGCAUUGUGCUGCUGGCUGAGGGCUUCUACACAACGAGCGCUGCCAAGCAAAGCUUUGGAGAGUUCAGGAGCACCAUGUGUGGCCGCUGCCUCAGCUCCUCGUUUAUAGUGAUGACAUAUGUGCUAGCUGUGCUGUGGCUGUUGGUGUUUGCCUUCUCGGCACUCCCUGUCUACUUCUUCUACAACAUGGAUGCCACCUGCCACACCAUUGAUGUUCUGACUGAGACCCCAGCAAGUAUCAACCAGCUCUGUGUUGAUGCAAGGCAAUACGGGCUCCUGCCAUGGAACGCGGUGCCAGGGAAAGCUUGUGGUAUAACGCUGUCCACUGUUUGCAAGACCAGAGAGUACCGAAUGACCUAUAAUCUCUACAUUGCUGCCUUCACUGGUGCGGGCAUCACUCUCUUGGCUCUGCUGACCUAUACUGUGUCAACCACCUAUAACUUUGCGGUUCUGCGGUAUCUGGGGAGAAAGGGCAUAGGGGCACGGUGUUAGGCUCACCAGCUUCCUGUCUGCUCUAUCACUACUUCACCAACAACACAUGGAUCUAAAGGAGCGGCAACAAUCCUUCCACAUCAUCUGCACAGAACCACCUGUGGUCAUAGACUCUUAAAAAUGAUGUCUUGUAUUUUUUUACUUUUCUUUAUGAGAAGAAUAUUAUUGUUUUGUUUCCCUUCUCUUCUUUUUGUUGUUUUUCACGUGUGUGAGGUUUGCCUGCUGCUUUUACAUGCAGUAAGUCUUAUUUCAGGAUUUUUUAAAAGCCAAGUCACCAAAUUAUUUGUAAAUCGUUACUCUUGUUGCUUGUUUAGUGUUUAAAAUUGAUUUCUGCUUCCCUUUGCACUCGAAAUACAAAUAACACACCCCUAAUUAAUUAACAUAUGUAAGAAAUAACUACCUAUUUGUAACACAUGUGCAGCUCGAAUGCAGCUGUUUCAGAGAAUAGGGAUUAUGGGUUGCCAUGGCUACCAUCCUUCACAUCUGGUUGCUAUGGUGGCAGACAAGCACGCAUUUGCAGUCUCACGCUGACCCUCAGGACUUUUCUCACGGGCUGGAGAAAAGACUCAACAAUGGGAGUCAGGCCUGUUUUAAAAGUCAGCCAAUGAGGAGCCAGUUGUGGGGGUGCCACCUGCGCUACGAGUCCCGGCCAAGGGUUAUAUUACAUGUCAAGGGAGAGGUUCCCCUGGACAAAGAGAGGGUUAGACCUCUCUGAAGCCUCAAUGCAGCUCUUCUGGGACAGCAACCACACACACAGCCCCAUCCACAUGCUGCUGCAAGACCCCACCUCCCUCCAAAUAAUGGCAAUGAAAGAUUCAAGAGUGCGGGGACUGAAGAAGUUUUAAGAUUUUGAUGUUUCUUUCUGACAAAGGGACAUGCUUAUUUAGUUCUGAUCUAGAAAGGUCUGAUAUUCUCUCAUAAUUUUGAGAUGGCAAAAGCACUAGGUGCUAACUUAUCAAGUGAACUCAUUAGUUGACCUAAAACUCAUUGAGUCCCCCCUGCUGUUAACGCAUGACUGAGGUACUUUUUAUAGAGUUAGGACAGCUUUGUUUGGUCUCUAAUUCUUUAGGAAUUUUGUUGUAGUUAUUGUAUAACAUCUUUUUACUUACUGUAGCUGACUUCACUACUACUUUUACAAAUUGGGUAUUACUAACAAAACCUUUUGCAACGUAAUAAAUAGAUUGUUCUGUUUGGUUGAAGCUUUACCCAGCUGUGAGUGGGUGAUUUGUCAAGUGGCCCGCUUGCUGUUUGAUGAUUAUUUUUUUGUGUUGGUAAAAUUUGUUAAUAAAACUGUUCUUUUGAAGUA